CUCUGGUCAACACAGUUGUGUUCUAAAGCUGGUGAAAGUCAGGAACCGAAACGUACGCCAGAUUGUGCGCUAGCUUCGCUUGCCCGGUCGUCCCCGGAGAGCCGCCGACUGUCGGAUCCCGUCCGCGUUCGAAACGGUGCGAGACAUCAAGACCUCAGGCAGCGCUAUGCCUACUUGGUGAUCUUGGCUGCGGGAACAAAAGCCAUAAUCCACCUUCUAGGAAAAGCAGUCCGGAACCGAAAUCAACAACAAACACUUCUCCUCGUGCUCCGCGUCGUUAUCAAUUAUUCGGCCACGCAAAAAUUGAUUGUAUAGCAUAGUCAAUUCGCCUAUCAACAUCGUUGUUGGCGUACCGAGCGAGCGCAGCCAACGCGAAUCGUUCAUUUCUUCUUCCUACUCUCCGAUCCAACUUCAUCCGGUGCUGCGGGUUCCUCCGUUAGGAUUAGUUUGUUUGCCUUCUUUGGUUUUCUUUUUUCCCCUUUUCUUUUCUUCAAAACCGUCGGAAAGCUGGAUUAUUCAAUAGUCUUCGAAGCGAUGGCUGACCGACUAACUCAGCUACAGGACACGGUGAAUCAGCAAGCGGAACACUUUUGCAACAGCAUCGGCAUCCUCCAGCAGUGCUCGGUUCCGAGCAAGUUUGCCGGUUUUGAGCGUACCGGAUCCCAAACGCCUCAACAGCAGGUGCAGCAGCAGCAGCCACCGGAGGACUUCCCGCAGCUAUUCUCCACCCUGAUCUCCCGAUGCGCCAAAGACAUUGACACCCUCAUCGAAUCUCUGCCCAGCGAGGAAAGCUCGAUCGAGCUGCAGGUGCAGGCGUUGCAGCGGCUCGAAACCGAAAACAAAGAGUCGGCCGAAAAGCUGGAGGAGAUCGUUCGGAAAGGUGAACUGCUGCUGGAGAAGAUCCAGGCCGCCCUCAGUGAUAUCGCUCAGUCACAGCUGGACAUGCAGUAUUCGUCGUAAAAUCGGUGUCGUGUUUCUCGGCUGGUCAGAGAAAAACAAUUUGUUAAUACGAAACGGGAAUAAUAUCAACGGUUACCGGCAAAACCAGUGCGCCGUGCGUUUGUUAGAUUUGUUCGCUAAAACGGCAACAAAUUAAAGCCUACUUCAGGGAAGCAACGAGCAGAUCGGAUUUGGAUAUUUAGUCAAUUGUACACCAUUAAGGUAGAAGGCAAGCGAAUCGUACUAGCGUGACCGGCAGGAGUUAAAGACAAAGCGAAGCAGCAAAAUGGGAACUGGAUACUUAUGAAAGCCAAGAGAAAGACGACAGCGAAGACCACGACGGACAGUAUGGGUGCACUGCUUGAGCUGCCCAAAAUCAAAAAUAACCCCUCACUCAUAAAACCACCAACACUGGAGAAACGGAUAUUUUAUUUCAGUUUGUUCAUAUAUGUUCAUUGAUUUGUAAUGUAAGUAAAAUAAAGGAUGGAUUUAUAAGUAAAAAAUUACGUUCAGCAAUGUC